AGGCCCGCCGUGGGAAUAUUGGGAGCAGCUUGUGCGACACGGCGCCGAGAGAAAAAAAAAAGUUCCUCCUGGUUGGCGCUGGGCCUGGAAUUGAUCAAACCCAGAGCGAGCAACACCAGCAGCGCGAGCAGCUGCGAGCCAGAGCAAGACACCUGCAGCCAUGGGCAAGGGCCGUGAUAAGAAAAAGAAGAACAAGGCUGAGAAGACCAGCGCCAAAAGCAAAGACAAGGAACUCGAGAAGAAGCUCAAGAAGCAGUCCAAGAAAGCCAAGAAUGAGCUAGAUGAGCCCGAGGAAGACAUCGAUGCCAUAUUGGCAGACCUGAAGCAGCAGCAAGAGGAGAUGUACAAGGUCACGGAAGAGAUCAGCACAACCCCUCCCUCGAGGCGGGUCAACGGCACACUCUCCGUCAAUCCCCUAAAUCCUGCCGAGCUCAUCCUCUUCGGCGGAGAGUAUUUCGAUGGCCAAAAGUUCCAUCUGUUUAAUGAUCUGUACAGGUACAACACAGAGAAGAACGAGUGGCGCAAGAUCACUUCGCCGAACAGUCCAGGACCGCGCUCCUCGCAUCAAGUUGGAAUCACCCCAAACGGUCGCCUGUUUUUGUUUGGAGGAGAGUUUGUUAGUCCCAACGAAACCACAUUCUUCCACUACAAGGACUUCUGGACCUUCGAUCUCAAAACAAACCAGUGGGAGAAGCUUGAGGUGAAGGGUCGGCCAAGUCCCCGCUCUGGCCACCGUAUUGCCAUGUGGAAGCAGUAUAUGCUUGUAUAUGGAGGCUUUUACGACACCUACGCCGAGACGCGAUACCACGAUGAUUUAUGGGCAUUCGAUACCAACAACUACUCUUGGCAAAAACUCGAGUUACCCGACCCAAAGCCAUCCGCACGAUCUGGAUGCCAGUUCUUCAACAUCCCGCAAACCGACAACGUGCUUUUGUAUGGAGGAUAUUGCAAGGAAGUUAUCAAGGGCCAGAAGGCUAGAGGUCUAGUCCACACAGAUGCAUGGAUUUUGAAAAUGACUCCUGACCUGAAGAACCUCAAGUGGGAGCGAAAGAAAAGGAACGCGUCCGCUCCGAGCGCGAGAAGUGGAUGCACCAUGGUUUGCUACAAAAAUCGCGGCAUCAUGCUUGGUGGUGUAUCGGAUAUCGAAACGGAAGAAAAAAUCGAGUCAGUCUGCUACAAUGAGAUGUACCAGUUCAACAUUGACUCAAACAAAUGGUUUCCUCUGACUUUGAGACAAUCCAAAAGCAAAAAGCCCAGAAAGAAACAGGAUGCCAAAAAGGAAGAUGAGAGCGACGAUGAAUUUUCGAUCGAAAAAUAUCUCAAAGGCGACGAGGACGGCGACUCUGACGAUGAGAGAGACGCUACAAGCGCACACAAGCCUACCGCUGCUGCCGAUGAUGUGCCAGAGACAAAUGUACUUGCGCAGCCAUGCCCUCGAUUCAACACCAUGCUCGCCAUCUACAAGAACUUGCUGUUCAUAUACGGAGGCAUUUUUGAGACUGGAGCAAAGGAGAUCACUCUAGCCGACAUGUGGAGCGUCAACUUGGACAAGAUGAACGAAUUCAAGUGCAUCGUUGCAGAUGAUGUAGAUCUGGCGCAGUGGCUUGGUGAAGAUAGCGACGAUGAAGAGGACGAUGAAGGGGGCGACGGCGAUGAGGAUGAUGAUGACGAUGAGGAUCAGGACGACGAGGAGGGCGAUGGCGAAGAAGGCGACGACCCAACUAGCGACAAGGACGACGACAAUGGCGCCGAUGGCGCUGACGACAAACUCGCGGUCGAACCGAAGCCGGCUUUGGCAAAGGGCAAGGGCAAAAGCAAGCCCGAGAAACCCACGCCGGUUGCUGAUCCUAUCUCGCCCCGAAACCACGACGACUCGACCAAGGCAGCUCGGCCUGCGAUAAGCGAUGACACCGAAGAUCAGGAACAGCUGAUCGACAGGACCAUGGAGGAGCCAUAUGUCACCGAGACUCUCAGGGAGUUUGUCCAAAGAACAAGCUCGUACUGGGAAAAGCGCGCCUACGAGGAGUUUGGCACACUGGGAGGCAAGCUGCUUCGUCAAGACGCAUUCGAGCUGGCCCAAGAGUGCUUCAACGCCGCCCAGCCCACGCUCGAAAUCAUCCGCCAGCAGAUGGCAGAGGCUGAGGUCGAGGAGCAGGAGCGAAUUGCCCGAACCAAGGAGCAGCAAGCAGAGCGCCUCAACCGUAACCGCCGCUGAUCGAGCAAUCAAGGCAUGUGUCAAGAGCACGCGUCGCUGGGCUCCAUCUAUAGGCUCGUAUCGGCUCGGCAGUGCGCAAGAUAGCAAAGGGCUGAAAGCAACUCUGUCUUCUCAAAGGACUCGAUGAAUAGAUUCAAUUGCCAUCACAUUUUCAGACCUGUGCUCAUGCCAAGAAGUCGCCUCGUGCAAGGCCCAUCUAUAAGCCAGUGCAUCGGAAAUGGACGAGCAGAGCACUCUGUCACCACAGGGAUACGCACCGCGCUUCCUCGCAUCCAAACCGAUUGUAUCGGCCCUGUCAUUGGCGAGAGCGGUGCCCACCCUAUGCGACGCGACUCAUUCCGAACUUUGUGCAGGGACCGCCUGUCGGCGCAAAUACAGCCUCUUGGAUCGCCGA